UCCGCAGUGUAAGGAACGCGGGGGAGAUAUUUCAUGGUUGCACCGUAAAAGCGCCGGAACUGUUUUAAUGGUACACCAGCGUCUCUUCCGGCCUCUUUCGAAUCAGCUCUGAGGAAAGAUGACGAAGGGUACGUCGUCUUUCGGUAAGCGUCGUAACAAGACGCACACUCUGUGCCGUCGCUGCGGAUCUAAAGCUUAUCACCUGCAGAAGUCCACCUGCGGAAAGUGCGGAUACCCUGCCAAGCGCAAGAGAAAGUACAACUGGAGCGCAAAGGCCAAGAGACGCAGCACCACAGGAACCGGUCGCAUGAGACACAUGAAGGUUGUGUUCCGCAGGUUCAGAAAUGGAUUCCGUGAGGGAACCGUGCCCAAGCCCCGCCGGGCAGCAGUGGCUGCGUCCAGUUCCUCGUAAACUGUGUUUCCAAUAAAAGUGAUGGUUGAAA